AUGAAACUGGUGGAAAAAUCUGAUAAAGAAAAGCAUUUUUCUUGGUGCUCUUUUCAUUUAUAUCCGCCAUUGAUGUUUUUCCUUGUAACUCUAGUUCUAUCUGUAGCUUUCCUCUGUUUCCUAAGCUCUUAUGGUUUCUCUUCUCUCCUAGCAACCAUCGCAAUCUUGUCCAUCUCCACUUUUGUUUUCUUUACAAGAUUUUUCAAGAAAAAGACAAGACUCUAUUUGGCUGAAAGAUCCCAUGAAGGAGGCUAUAAUGUUGAUGUUGAUGAUGAUGAGGACGAGGAUGGUCUCAUUGAGAUUACUCUUGUGAGUGAAGAAGCAGAGACUAUGGAGGCAAUGAGAAACAUUAAUCGAAGUCGACAGAGAAAUAGGAUUGAUGAAGAUGAAGAAUUGAUAGAUGACGUGAACAUGGAAGAUGAUAAUCUUAUUGAGAUUGAUAUUUCCAUUGGAUCUAUUAAAAGACGAAAUGAAUGA